AUGUGUUUUAAUGCAGCUGAAACGGACCUGAAGAGACUGCAGCUGCAGUAUCGCAAAGCAGAGGAAGCCAAGCGGGCCUACUGUGUGAAAACCCAAAGACUCCUCUACAGAGACAAACGAGAGAUCCAAAGGCUCCAGGAUGAACAGGAAGAGCUUUUAUGCAGUCUCAGAGUCUCUCAGAGCUGUUUUAACCGUCAGAAUGAUGUUAGUGUUGUUCAAGAUCUUACUGCAAUGUUGGCCUCUGAAGACAGAAUAGAUGAAGAGUUGGAAGAAGAAAAACUGAAAAUAGCAUCUUUGAAAGAUCAGAUUUUGGAAUGGGAGAGGAAGUUGGCAGGACAUAGUGAGGAAACUGUACACCGCAGUUAUAAAUCUGAUAAAAACCGCUUACGAAAAACCACCUACUCAAUGGAAAACAAACUGGACAGGGGUCGCAAAUGCUUCAGUCAGCUGAUGACCAGGAAUGGACAGUUGAGGGAGGAUCUAAAGAUACUGCAAGAGGAGAAGAAACACUUUCUACGUGUUAAAUCUAAGCUGGAACAUGAGCUGCAUACAAUCCGCAAAGAUGUUUGUAAACUGAGUACUGAAUGCACUGAAGCCUUCAGUAGCAGUGUGAAGAUCCAGGAGAAAGAGAGGAUGCUGAGAGACCAGAAUGGAAAAGAAAAGGCUCAUUACAGGAAAGAAAAGAGCAAGAUGGAACGAGAAAUCUUCCAUUACUCUAACUGUGAGGCUUUUCUGGACAUAAAGGCCAUUGCACGUGUCAGCCUGGACUCAGACCAUAGAAAUGAGGAGCAGAGCAAGCAACUGAAAUGUAAGGAAUGGGGACUGGAAGAUUUUGAGGAUGCAAUUGAAAAAAUCCUCAGAGAGACAGGGGAAAGUGACCUGGACAAACUAGUCAGGAACUUCAUACAAAUGGAGGAGCAGAACUACACUGUACUGAAGUUUGUUAACUAUCAGCACAAUGAAGCACAGACCAUUCAAAGGCAGAUAUCUCAGCUUUGUAAGCAGAUGGAGAUAUUUGUGGUUGAGAACCAGCAGCAGCUUGAGCAGCACCAGUCUCUUCAGAGCACAGUUUUAAUCAAGCAAGAAGCUGUUAAUGAACAGCUGGAAGUGUAUCAACAGCGUGUCGGGUUCAUGGAAAAGCUCCUCGAUCAGCUCAAAAAAGGUGUUAAAUCAUUGCUUCAGAUCAGCCAUGACAGCUCGGAGAUCUGUGACAAGCUGAGCUCCUCUGAUGGAGUCCAGGAUGAAAAUAUCACAGAGUACCUGAGAAUGGUGGAGGACAGAACCAAUGAGCUUCUUACUUUGCAGUCCUAUCUUCUCUUCCAGGAAAACCUCAGCCAGUGGGACACUGACAGUGUCAUUGCUGAGCAUCUCCUGGGUAUAAACCCCCCAGUAAACCUGACCACAGCAGCUACAACCCCUGCACCUGAUAACGACCCAGAAUCAGUGGAGUCAGUGCUGCUGGAGAUGAAAGAGCCAAUGAGUAGAGAUGAUCUCCUCACACUAGUCAGUAAGAGGAUUCAGAAUGAGAAGACGACAGACUGA